CCAUAGCGGGUAAAAUUUGGGGCGAGCCCAAAUAGAAAAAAUACACGAUUUUGUCGGAACUGGAUAGAACAGAGGAAAGCAAAAGGAUGACGACAGCUCAGAGUUUCUCCUCCUCCGUUGUACUACCGCUACUUUGCCCUGCACCGCUGGUCCACCGCCGCGUCGCUCGUUCCCGACUUUCCGAUUACGAAUUCUCCUCUAAACUUCUAUCAAUUACCUUCCUUUCCCCUCACAAAUUUUCUAAACGUACAAGGACUAGUACACUUCGUGGAAUCAAUUCCAAUGACCCAAAAGAUUCAGCAUUCUUCGAUGAAAAUGGCGUCGUUGAAGAUAUGGAUAGCUAUCUCAAUCAUCUUUCCCUCGAAUAUGAUUCUGUCUGGGACACCAAGCCCUCCUGGUGUCAACCUUGGACAAUAACUCUCACUGGAGCAGUGAUAAUUAGCUUGAGCUGGCUGAUUCUGCACUCGGCUGUAGCCACUGCAAUAGUAAUGACUAUAAUUGGGGCAUGGUGGUACAUCUUUCUUUAUUCUUACCCCAAGGCAUAUUCAGAUAUGAUUGAGAGAGAAGAAAGAGUGUGAUAAACGGUCUAGAAGAUACAUAUGGAGUGAGGAAAAACCAGUAAUGCAAGAGACACCUCUUGGGCAACAAUAUUCUGUUAGGUGCAGGGUGGGGAUGGUUGUUUAUCUUAUAUCCAUUGUUUCUAUAAUCUAUAUGCCUUUUUGUGUUUAGCAUGUGAUGACGAACUAAGUUGUCAUCGAACAAACUGCAGUGAAUCAAUGUUACUACGACCAUUCUUUAGUGUUGUCAGCGGAGGUGUCAUUGCAUGCGGUCUUUAAUUGUAGUCGAAUACCUUUGCUAUAGACCCUAACCAAGAUGUAUAUGAAGCCAGCUUUCGGCAGUACAGACUUGCUAAGUUGCUUUGGGCUUCUAAGGAGAUGUUGCUGACUAAGUGACCUGUAAACUUUAGCCUGUAGAUUUUUUUUCUCUCUCGAUGGAAUUGUCUACUGGCAGUAGCACUGAAAUUAUUGUUAAUAUACU